AUGGAGGAUCCCCAACUAAACUGGACUGACCCGACCGACGUGCUACACGGUAUCAUGGCCAGCCAGGACGUUUCAUAUUCACAUCCAGAUCUGACAGAAUGCCGUCAGUCAGGUCUGACUCUGGACUCGACUCCACAUCAUCCACUACUCGAACUGGACUUGGGAUCCAUCGAACCCCGCCAUCAACCCGCUUUCAUGGGCUGGCCAUCGGCAUCAACAACAUCCUCCCCCGCCGAGCCCCACGAUUUCUAUCGCUCGUACUACCAUCCCUCACGUCUGACCGCAGACCAGGAUGCAUGGAGUCCGCUGCAGGUCACCGGCGUGCCGAACCCGUCGCCCAUGUCGCAUAUGAACAUGGCGGUCGGGGAUCGUGAGCCAGGCUACGCCAAACAUCAUUAUCGGACCCCGUCGGAAAAUGGAAGUCAGUAUAUGGGUAGUUUUCAUUCGGGGGACUCUGGUUAUGGGAGUACCAGUUGUGCGACGCAUUCGGUGGUGACCUCUUCCUAUGGCGUGGACUCGAUGUCGAGUCCGCAGAUCGGGCCGAAGGAGCAAGGCUUUGGGGAGUCCCUUGCCAUGUUUAAUCAGGCCUAUGUGGGACCUCCAAUUUUUGCUCGUGGUAUUGAUGACUCUCCGUUUGAGUCGGUCAAGUGUGAUCAUCCUGCUUGCACCUGGGUGGGCAAGUGUCCGUCCGAUAAGAGAAAACACGAGGCCCGUCAUCGUAAACUGUUCAAGUGUGAUGAACCUAACUGCCCUCGGAAGGAAGGCUUCGGCACGAUCAACGACUUGGCCCGCCACAAGAAAUGCGUUCACAAUAAAGAGCCUGAACGCGGGCCUAAGAUGAUGUAUCUCUGCUUUGGAAAUAACUGCCCUCGGCCCAGCAAGAGAUGGCCGCGACUGGACAACUUUAAGCAGCAUCUGGGUCGUAUGCAUCAUGGCGAAGACGCAGAUGCCCUUCUCAAGAAGUCUAUGGACUGGUAUGAGAACCUCACAGGGCAACCGGGUCAAAUCCCCGAUGAUACCGCUUCCCAAGAUGAUCUCCUGAAUGAGACACAGCAGGAUCUUGAUUCCACCCAUGAAAUGGAUCUAGAUUCAGUUAUCUCUGGCGACACCCAAGAGGAUAACGUAGACAUUCCACCGUCUCGCUCUGCAACACCCAAGCCUCCUCAAUACCACAAUACACAACCCGAGAUACCUCCUCUGGGAACCCUCGCCUCACUCACCAACGAUAAUCGUGACUCAACGACAGAACGCGGCAACAUCAAGUCAGAAACCUUCGUUGCAGAUGCAGCAGACAACCUCAUCAACGCCAUAACCAAAAUGAUGAAUAACCGCGGACGAAGGUCCAGCCAACACAGCGACGAAGGAAUUGAAAUCGAGCCUGAUAAUACUACGCUUUCCAAACCACAGCGCCAAAUGCUGCAAAAAGUGCUCUCCGCGGCACUGGAGCGUCUCUCGGACGAUACAUCCUCGGUAGCACCUGAACCCAACGACGAGAAACAAGAUUGGUUCCAGUGCGACGUGUGCUCCAAACGCACCCGUCUCCGCUGCGAGAUGAAAAAACACCAAAAACGCCACGAACGCCCCUACGGCUGCACAUUCCCCCACUGCGCCAAAUCCUUCGGCAGCAAAGCAGACUGGAAACGCCACGAAACCUCCCAACACCUCCACCUCCCCAGCUGGCUCUGCACAUUCCACGACGCCCCCAAAUCCGCCCCCUGCGAACGCAUCUUCUACCGCGAAGAAACCUUCGCACAACAUCUACACCAGACCCACCGCGUCCCGAAAACCAAGGUCAAGACUGCUGUGCAGGGUAGUCGACUUGAUCUGGCGGAACAGUCGCAGUUUUGGUGCGGGUUUUGUUGUCGGGGUGUGGGUUUGAGCGGGUCUGGGGCGGCGGCGUUGGAUGAGAGGUUUAAUCAUAUUGAUGUGGAGCAUUUUAAGAAGGGGGAGAGGGGGAGGGAUUGGUGUUUGUUGAGGGUGGAGAGUGGUGGUGUUAGUGGUGAGGUGGGAAGUAAGAUUGAGAUGGGGCAGGGGCAGGGGUCUGAGAGGAGUAAUGGGCGGAAACGCAAGUACUCCUCUGGAUAG